ACAUGCAGCCUCAUAACUCCUGGAGCUAGAGCCGUAUGGUGAACACUGUGAAGGAACCUCAUUGAAAAGCUCUCCCUUCUUCAGCUCGAUCCUUCUCUUCUUCAGUCUGGAAUUCGAUCUUGUUGCUUUCUUUCCUCUCAUGCACUUUGUUGCAGUUUGUGAAGAAUUCUUGACUGACCGGCCUUCCAUGCAUAUUCAGUGAUCAUUUUCUUUCAAGUUGUUAUAUAUAUCUAUAUAUAUAUCUGUGAUCUGUCUCGAUCGGAUUCAUGGCCAUGAAGAAAUAUUCCGUUUGGACAUUUGAAAUGUUUCUUCGAUUUGUGUUUGUGGGCUCGUUUGUUUUGUGUAAAGGGCAGGAAGAAGACAUGAGUAGUAGUUCAGUAGCUCCAAUGAAGAAACAAGAGCAAGAAGCUCUGUAUUCUGCUAUUCAAGGGUUUGUCGGAAACUCCUGGAAUGGCUCCGAUCUCUAUCCAGACCCUUGCGGGUGGACGCCAAUACAGGGAGUGUCUUGUGAUGUUUACGAUGGAUUUUGGUAUGUCACUGCACUGAACAUCGGACCGGUUUACGACAACUCUCUCCGGUGUACGGGAAGAGCAGAAUUCACACAUCACUUAUUCAGGCUUAAGCACCUAAGAACUCUCUCAUUCUUCAACUGCUUCUUCUCACCUCACAGAAACCCAGCAAGAAUCCCCACCUCAAACUGGGAAAACUUCACAAACAGCUUAGAAUCCUUAGAGUUUCGAUCGAACCCAGGUCUAAUUGGAACAAUUCCAAACACUUUUGGCCACCUUAAAAAUCUCCAAUCUUUAGUGAUGCUAGAAAAUGGAUUGACAGGUGAUCUGCCGCCAGAAAUAGGCAAUUUAGUAAAGCUCAGGCGACUAGUCCUAGCCGGAAACCGGUUCUUGGGUCGGAUUCCGGACAGUUUUGGAGACUUGGUCGAGCUCUUAAUACUUGAUUUAAGCAGGAAUAAGCUAUCUGGGGCAUUGCCUGUGACUUUUGGAAACUUGACUUCACUUCUAAAGCUGGAUUUGAGUAACAAUAUGUUGAAAGGAGAGCUGCCUACUGAGAUGAGAAGCCUAAGGAAUCUCACACUUUUGGAUCUUGGGAGCAAUCAAUUUUCUGGCGGUUUGGCUCAGUCGAUUGAAGAAAUGAUUUCCUUGAAAGAGAUGGUGAUUUCCAGCAACCCAAUCGGAGGGGAUCUCAUUGGAAUCCAGUGGGAAAAACUGCAGGAGUUGGAAUAUUUGAAUCUUUCUGAUAUGGGUUUGACAGGGAACAUUCCGGAGUCCAUGACAGAGAUGAAAAGGCUGAGAUUUUUAGGGCUUAACAGCAACAAUCUCUCAGGAAGGCUGUCUCCAAGGCUGGAAUCUUUGCCUUGUAUUAGUUCUCUUUACGUUUAUGGAAACAAUUUGACAGGGAAACUGGAAUUCUCAGAAGGGUUUUAUAGGAAAAUGGGAAAGCGUUUUGGAGCUUGGGGCAAUCCGAAUCUAUGUCACCAAGCUGCAUUAAUGUCGAAAACAGGGAAUUUUGUUUAUGGAGUAAAACCAUGUAAGCAAGAAACUCGUUUUUCUGAUGGGGUUCCAAAUGCGAAGAUGAUCAGUGAGGGAAAUUGGAAUCAGAAUUCCCAUUUGGUGGCGUCUUUGGGAGGUUCAAGCUGUGGGCUUGAUGGAUUCUGGUGGGCUUUCAUUGUACACGGGAUUUUUGUCAUGCUUCUCUGAUAUAGGAUUAAUUGUCUACUGUCUUGAGUAAGAAAAAAGUGUUUUAAAUGUCAAUGGUAGUCCCCAAGUUGCAGCCAACUCCAAUAUA